CACCAAAUUCAUCCGCUCUAUUGACACUUUACUGUAAUGGCGACGAAACUUCCCCGGUGCGCGUAAAAUAAUAAUACCGGAUUUACCUGUGUUUUUCGUGUAAAAGAUUCGUAAACAGUUGGAAUUAAACAGAAAAUAUUUAAUAUUUUAUAUUCUCGCAUUCAAAUCAAGUAUGGACUUACAAUCUUUCUUGGAAAUUAUUGCAACCUAAACAAAAAUACAAACAAUGGAUAAUGUAGAAUCGAGUCUGCCUGGAGGAAAUGCCCCAGCUCACUGGUAUGACACGUGGGACCGCCAGACCAGUCAGUCCUUUUCCAAUGCUGCAAAAGGACUACGAAAUGCUCCUGGAGAGAAUAACUGCUUUCUUAAUAGUGCUGUCCAGGUUUUCUGGCAUAUUGAUGUGUUCAGACGUAGUUACAGAAGACUUUCGGGACAUCUUUGCAUGGGCCAUUCCUGUAUCUUCUGUGCACUCAAGGUGAUAUUUACCCAGUUUCAGUACAGUGAUCAGGCUUCUCUUCAACCUAGUGCCCUGAGGAAGGCACUAGCUAACACUUUCGCAAAACAAGAAAGAUUUCAGCUAGGUCAUAUGGAUGAUGCAGCGGAAUGUUUCGAGAAUAUUUUGAAUCGUAUCCACUACCACAUCGCCAACAGUUACAACGAGGAUGCAUGCAAUGCCCCACACUGUAUUUCACAUCAAAAAUUUGCCAUGACAGUUUUUGAUCAGCUGGUAUGUCCAUGUGGGGCUACAUCGGAGCCAUUAAAGUUUUAUGAAAUGGUACACUACAUCUCUGCUAAUGCCUUAGUGUCACAGUCUAGGACAAUGCAGGAGAGUGGGGACAUAUUGCACCCCAGUAGGUUUGGGCUUCUCCUCAGAAAUGCUGGAGCUGUAGGGGACAUCAGAGAUUGUCCAGGUAACUGUGGUAAAAGAGUACAGAUAAGAAGAACACUUCUAAACAUACCUGAUGUUGUGAGUAUAGGUCUUGUAUGGGGAUCAGACAAGGCAGAUCCUGAACUUGCCGCCGAGGUGACAAGAACGAUUGGCACAACAAUACUUUACCCAGAUAUGUUCCACUCAGUAAUGUGUAAUGAUGCAAGCCAGUUGCCACGAUUACACCUGACAUCAGUAGUAUGUUACUAUGGGAAACACUAUUCCACUUUCAUCUUCCACACUAAACUGCAAGAAUGGGUUUAUUUUGAUGAUGCUACAGUCAGACAAGUUGGAAAAAGAUGGGAGCAAGUUGUAGAACGUAUUGUUAAAAGUAGAUACCAGCCUCUUCUGUUAAUUUACACAAACCAGAAUGCUCAGCCUGUUCCUACUGAGACUGCACCAAGUACAAGGGUUAUGGCCCCUGGAUACUCUAUGACACCAGGAAAAGGUCAGGAAGAUAACAAAGGACAACCAAAUUUACCUGAAAAAGCCCAGACUGAUUCUCAGAAUUCAAGAAGAUCUGGAACUCCAGGUUUUAACAGAACAGAUAGCAACCAGUCAGAGAAAGAGCCACUUGAAAGGACAUCAAGUUUUGAGAAUCGUCGUCAGUCAAGUUUUAUGUUGGCAGUGACUAGACAGAAAAAUAAAGAAGAAGCGAUAUAUGCUGUGCCUCAUAACAAUAACAAGAUAAUGAAUUCUCAGAAAGAUAUAAGUCAGUGUGACCCAAGACCUGGGUAUGUGAAGCAGAAUUCUGUUGGUUACCUUGCCGACAUUCCUGAUGGACCUGAGGAUUCUGAUAGUUACAAUUACACUUUGUCAAACAGUGAUCAGUAUCGGAGACCUGCAAUAAAUGUCAGUGAUCCACAUAAACUUCCUUUGACUCAGAAUUUCUCUCGGACAGCUGAACAACAAAGAAAAGACAGUUUCAAAAAAGGGAAAGGGAAAGUUGCAGGUGAUGUUAUUCGGUAUCACGUUGAUGGUUCAAGAAGAUCGUCACAGUCUUCUGAAUCUGAUAUGAACUCUUCAAUCAGUGAAACAACAAAUGGGCCCCAUGUCUCUAAUAGUAAACCAGCACUUCCAGUGAAACCUAAAAAUGUGCAAACUAGAUCUCAGAGUGUAGAGGAGAAUAUGUCUAACAUGACAGACAGAAGUAACAGUUCUCAUAAAGUGGUUAAACCUCUCCCAACCAGUGCUCCACUGUACGACAAUAAGGAUUCUGUAACACGUGCACAUACACCAGUUCAGUCUGGGCUGGCAACACUUCCAAGGAGUAAGAAAUCGGGCAAUUUACCAAACAGCAAUAGUAAUUCAUCAAUGCCAUCGUCAUCAUCAUCUUCAUCAUUAACAUCGAUGUCACAUACUCAACCCCGAGCAGGAUCUCAGCAAAUGGCAGCUCCGCAUCAGCAAUAUUCAUAUGAAGGCCCUCCACCACCAUACACCAUUCACUCUAACCAUCCUGUACAUGCAGGCUACCAAAACUGUCUCACAUACCAGAAUAUUGUCGAAAAUGACAUGCAUUCUCGUCAGAGUUCAAGCAGCAGUAUUUUGAGUUCAGGAACUGUUGUUGAAUGCCCAGUCUCAGAGAUUGAUUCACACACCAGGCAGAUGUCAACUGCCAGUCAGGACACUCUCACAGAUAAACCUAAAGAACAAAAAACUAAAAGUAAGAAAAAGGACAAGGAUGAUAAAAAGAAAGAUGAAAGUAAACAAAAGAAAGACGAAAAGAAAACAAAGAGUAAGAAAGAUAAAAGUUCUAAGAAUUCAAAUUCAGACAAACCUCCUCCUGUUCCAGACAAGAAGCAAGGAGAUGAGGGAUAUUCAGAAGAGAGGUACUACAUAGACCCGAGGAUGGUUGAAAGUGUUCUCAGUGCACAGAAGCUGCAACGGUCAGGUUCCUGUGUGAGCCAAGCCAGUACAAGCAGUAUAGAGUCUGAUACCUAUAACAGAGGGCGUGGCGUGACCCCUAAGGAUAACCUGUCGACAGAAAUUCCUUUUGAUGCUGCCUCCCUGGAUUCCCACAAAGAUUCGGGGUAUGCCAGCAGUGACAGAAACAGUUCAAGCUCUACCGGUAGUAUCACCAUGAAUCCGUAUGAACAGUAUUUUCUAUCUCGCAGUAUGAUUCCACCUAAGACAAUCAAUCAGCAGAACAUUGCAGAAAACAUGAGAAAACUUAUGGACAAUGGUUCAGGGAUGAAUGGCCUUGAAUACACACAAGAAAAGGAUCUCAAAUCAUUAGUAAUGAAUUCAAAUGAGUAUUAUGGACAGAAUCAGACUGUUGGACAUUGCCAGCAGAUGAAUCCAAACUACCCAAAGUCAGGUUCGAAGGAUAUCAUGACAUUACCAAAAGCUGAGAGAGAUCAACACCUAAUAGACGCUUUGAGUGGCAGGAGUAAAGCAGGUCUUCCACCCCAAGUGCCCCCUAAACUUCCUCAAGGUCAUCCACACCAAGGUCAAGGGCCUCUGCAACAAAGUCAAGGGCCGCAUAUUUCAGAAAGAAAUAAUGAUAAAGGUAUGCCACAGAAUGUUCCCGAUACAGUCAGCCAGCCAGUCAGCAAGCUCCCGUCUUCAUUUCGUGAAGGUAACGAGCAGUUUAUAGCCCUGUGCCAGAAGGCAGAAGACUUUAUGGAUAGCUGUGUCCUUGCCGAGACUUCGGAACAAUACGGCAGUGCUCUAGGGUUCUGUCAACAGGCGAUAGACCACCUAAAAACUGCCAUGAAGAUGCCAAACUUGGGACAAUCACUGUAUAUCACAGCUCAGAAGAAAUCGAACUCUUGUGUGAUCAAGUUUCGCAGUCUGCAGAAAAGACUGAUGGCUCGUCAAGAAUCAAACACAUCCUCCAAUAGCAGUGAUAGUGGAAUCAAUCCAGACUACAGAAGUCGCAGUGGAUAUUUUGGUCAACAAAAAUCACAGUCUCACUUACAAAGUCAGAGCAAUGGAAGUAAGCCACCUUCUAGGUCUAGCUCCCAGAACUCUAUGGACAGUCUGAGCAGCUCCGGUCGUAGUGCGACACCUGUCUUUGAUAAAGUGAUGAGACCCUCAACAAGUGAACGAGUUCCUCCUGUGGAGCCCCACAUGCCUCCUGCGGAGUAUCACAAUGCAUACAAGGACAGGAGUUUCGAGACAAACAUUCCUGACACAAAUACAAACAAUGCUGAUCUCUAUGGGACACUUCCACGACGGAAGACCCAGAAAUCUCAAGAACAUGUCCGCCAGUGCAAUAAUCAGAAACAUGAAGCAGAAGUUUAUCAUGACUUUUUAGAAAAUCAGAGACGACAGUGUGGCAAUCACAGUCGGACUAAUUCUGGAGCUAGGACUCCUGUGAAUGAGACCAGUCCUAGUGAUUAUCCAAAUUAUCCCCAUCAUCAAGGACAGUUUGUGUCAAACAAUACCUAUGAUGGUGUCAGUAGAAACAUCACUGGCCAGUCUUCAGGGACGAACUUUGGUCAAAAUCAUGGUAUUAAACAAAUUCCUGUUGUACCACCAAAAAUAGGGAACCAGUCACAGCAUACUGAGGUUUGUUACCAUUCAAGAUCAGUGGCACUUCCUGUAUCUACAAGAGAACCAGUCUCGUUAAUGUCAACCAGUCAGACUACCAACAGUGAGCAUGGUUACCGAAACUACCAGAGCAUUGCCAGUGAUAACAAUAAUGGUGAUUUCUUCAAAAAUCCACCUGUAGUUAGACCUGGCUUAUAUGGCACUUUGCCCAGCCAUGUAAGAACUGGUAAAGUACCCACUAGCAAGCCUUUUGCCUCGUCAGCUGCAAUUCAAACUGCUUACUCCAUGCAACUACCAGUCAAAUGUGCAGAUCUCUGUGAGCCGGUAGCCUCGGCUGCACAGUUUGGCAGUUCAGACCGCUACCGGUCAAGGGAGACACGCAGACAGCUAGAUCGCAGUGCUUCUUUUUCACAUCCUGCUAGGCCAUCAACCUAUUUAUUUACACAACCUAGAGCAGAUGAGCGUAAGUUGGGCAGUAAGGGCGGGUUAAUGAACUCAAAACACAAUGGCGCAAGCCAGCCAGAUUUGCGGAAAUUGUGUGAGGAACCAGUGAAUAUACCACAAAGACCACUGACACCCCAGGUGCUGUGUCCCGACUCCAAUGAAGGUGAUGAACACAGGCCAGUAAGUGUACGUGCUUUGACGUCAAGGUUCGAAUCUGCAACAGUUUCUAGUGAUUCUAAAACAGACAAUCAAUCAGUUAAUUGUGUUCAGAAUGUAAACAGUAAUUCACAUUCACAGUUGGGACCAGUAAAUAGUGUUCCAGUGGAUCCUAAUGGAACUUCGCGUGUAACAUUGCAAAGACAACGAAGUAAAUCAGAAUCUGAAUCUCUGGCCCAGCAGCCACAAAGACCCAAAUCUGUUCUUGCUAAAAAGGGAAAGAAUAGUGACAGGUUAAACAAACCACGCAAGUCUGUGACAUUUUCAGAAGAUAUUUGUCUAGUUUCUGCAGCAGACGGCAGCUUUGGCAUUAUGGGUAAUGGGAACCAAAUGACAUACGCUGGGUACCAAGGUGAUGAUAAAGUAACAUCACAGAUCUCAUAUAGAAAAAAUGAAGAAACUGACAGUUCAACAAGUGACUCACCUGUAGAGGUGAUAGGGGAAGGGGCUUGUACACUGUGUCAUAAACAAGGGGUGGAAAUAGGGCAAAAUUACUGUGCCAAGUGUACAUAUUAUAUGAGUCGAUUCACUCCCAGGUAGCAUAUACCUAUUUUUUAGGUCUAGAGUAAUAUUUAAUAUUCUAUACUAAAUAUAUUUUUGUAGCAUUCCUGUGGUAAAAAUUGAUUCUUCAUACAGUUUUAUUACUCCUACAUCCAUCAAAUUUCAUAGUUUUAGAACUUAAAAAAGGGUACAGGUACUCUGUUUUUGGUUUUAUGACUCGUUUAUUUUUGGUUUAGAUUUUACUAAUGUCUCAGAUUUUACCACAGUGUAGAAUGUUUUACUGCCAUAAUUGUUAAAGAUAACUUACAUGUAUAUACAGCAUUCCUUUUCUGUUCUUGUUUUGUUACUGACCUAAGAAUGGAUUCUUUUUAUGUGUUUAAGGAAAUAUUCUUUUAUGUAUUGUGUUUUGUUCUUGUGAAAUAUGUAUUGCUUAAUGUCAGUGAAAUAUGGCUGCAUUAUUCCCAUCUAAAACAUUCAUCAACUGAUCAAACAUUCCAUUUUAUAUAUGUUCAGGAACAAACUAUGUGUUCAUAAAUAUAUAGAAAUCCUUUUCUAUAUGUUUGACAUAUCAUAAAUGACAAAAUUGUGUUUUCUAUACAAAUUGUAUAUGCAUUUGAACUACAUGUACAAGACUUUCUGUUGGCACUUAAUUAUAGAAAAUACAAGACUUUUCAAGCGCAGGAGAGGAGACAUUUUUAUCAAAGUAUUUUCAUAGAAAUUGCAAAUCUGUUCAAAUUAUUUUGCAAUUUAUGUGCAAAUUACAGAGUAAAAAUAAUCUUCUCUAUGCAGUUUGUCAUGUCUGUGGACUUCAUUAACUGGUAGGUUUCAAAUUUGGCACUAGACUGUCUCCUGUCCCUGUGUUCUGUCAUAUUUCUCAUAUACAUAAGUUUUCUUAAUUAACAGUGAAAGUUACUCCAGCAGUUUGUUUCUACAUUGACAUUCUUUUUUUGUCCCUGGCUCCGAACAUAGGUAUGGUUUAGCCAUCAGAUAAAAAUGUGCUUUUUUAGAGGCUUCAGAUUUUCUUAUAAAAUGUUUGCAGUAUUUAUAUAAAGAAAUAACAAUGCAGCCAGGGAGCCAGGCUAAUUGGACACAAAUAAAAUCACGUUCUUUCAAGUUGUUCAGGUUUUUCAGUAUAUAAUCUUUCUAGUUUACUUUUAUAAAACUUUUAUUUUCAAAUUAUCUAUGUAAAAAACACUAUGUCCAUCUAAAAGAAUAUAGAAUAAUCGUGUUCUUGAAAAAGUUUUGCAGAUUUUAUCAUUCUUUUAGAAACUGUUACUUAGUUGAGGAAGUCUUGUACGAUAAAAUCAGGGGUUGCAUUUGAAAACUGCAAUAUAUACAUUGUUUUAUUAGGUGAAUAGUGCUAGUCACUAACAUUACAUUAUUUUUUUAUAUAAUAAAAUUUCAUCAGUCAGACCUUUUAUGAAUUCAUAUUAUCAUAGUCUGUUUUUGAAAUCCAUAUUGUGGUUGUAAACUUGUAAAUCUAUAUUCUACAAGAAUAAACUUCUUAUUUUAUUGAAAUGAGCCGUGCCAUGAGAAAACCAACAUAGUGGCUUUGCGACCAGCAUGGAUCCAGACCAGCCUGCGCAUCCGCGCAGUCUGGUCAGGAUCCAUGCUGUUCGCUUUUAAAGCCUAUUGGGAUUGGAGAAACUGAUAGUGAACAGCAUGGAUUCUGACCAGACUGCGCGGAUGCGCAGGCUGGUCUGGAUCCAUGCUGGUCGCAAAGCCACUAUGUUGGUUUUCCCAUGGCACGGCUCAAAUUUAUUUUAUGACUGUGUUGUAAGACAUUUUUAAAUGAUCUUGCAAUGCUUUUAUGUUCUGUGCAGCAUUUAAAAUCAUGUUAAUUGUAUUUGCCUUAAGUGUAUAUAUUGAGUCUUGCCUGUGAUAGAUCAGAUCAAAUAUUUACAUGAUGUAUAUGUCUUUGUGUAACACAAUUAAUAUGUGUCUGAAAAUAUGUGUAUAUAAUAUUGUGUUUACAUAAAUAUUGAUGUUAUGUGUUGAAAUGCAUGAUAAAUGUAUUGUUUUAACACCUGUUGCCUUAUCAAAUGAUGUUGUUGGUUAGGCCUUAUCUAUUGUUGUCGAGACUGUUGUGUUUUCACAAAGUUAUGUAUCUAGACCAUUGUUCCCUGCUACCGAAAAGUCCCAAUGCAGUUUUGGGCCUAUUGUUCAAGACCUAGCCAGUAGUUUGGAUAUUGUUGGUAAAAAGUUAAUUUAGUAAAACUGCCUUGUGAGUAAUACUCCUCCGUAACUGUGUAAAAGCUUAACUGUUAAUUCUGUAAGUUGUACCUCAUCAGUACUACAAAACAAAAGUAGAACACCAGUAGUGGCUUUACACGAAGCUUUUGAAAUUUUACACAGCCAUGUUUAACAGUCACUGUGAUUUUUAUUUAAAAGGCAGCAGGGAUACUUGUUAAAGAAUAAAUUACAAUUGCUAGAAAAAGACACUGUCGAUAUCACAUUCCAUAUCAUAAUAGAGAAAUGUUUGAUCUCUAUUAUCCGAGCCAGAUAUUACACAUAUCACUUGCUGUUGUAUUUUUUUGCAUAUCAAAUUACAUGUAUAUAGUCUUAUCAUAUAAAAAUUCCAUUACCCCAUGUUGUUAAUUGCAUUAUUGUUUGAUGAAUUUAUCAUUAUUGCAUAUUUACAAUGUUGAAUGAAUUUAUGAAUGAAACAAAUGGAAAAAUUAAAAAUAAAAAUAAUAA